AUGGUGCGGAUCGCCAGUGCGCUGGGGCUUGUCAUGUUCAGCGUGGCGCUGCUCAUCCUGUCGCUCAUCAGCUACGUGUCCAUCAAAAAGGACUUCCUGCUCAGCACCCCCAGAUACGGACCUAAUGGAGGACCCAGGAUGUACAUGUUUCACGCGGGGUUUCGCUCCCAGCUGGCGAUGAAAUAUUUGGAUCCAGCUUUCACCCCUCUGACCAAUGCUCUCAGUGAGGACCUGCAGAACUCCUCUAAGUGGAGGUACAACAGCACUGCUUUUAUGCAGCAGAGGAACGAAAUCUCUCAGUACAUUGACAUCCCGCACAACUUCACACUGACACGAGGCUCAGUCCGAAACGGACAGCUAAUGCAUUACGACUACUCCAGCCACAAGUACGUCUUCUCCAUCGGCGAGAACUUCCGCUCGCUCCUGCCUGAGGUGUCGCCGAUUCUUAACAAACAUUACAAUGUCUGCGCUGUGGUUGGCAACAGCGGCAUCCUCACUGGCUCGCGCUGCGGACCCCAGAUCGAGAAGUUCGACUUCGUCUUCCGCUGCAACUUUGCACCGACCGAGAUCUUUAAGAAGGACGUUGGGCGACGGACCAACAUGACAACCUUUAACCCUAGUAUCCUGGAGAAAUACUACAACAAUUUACUGACUGUACAGGACAGGAACAACUUCUUUCUCAGCCUGAAGAAGCUGGACGGUGCCAUCUUGUGGAUCCCGGCGUUUUUCUUCCACACAUCGGCCACGGUGACGAGAACACUGGUCGACUUCUUCGUGGAGCAUCGAGGUCAGCUGAAGGUCCAGCUGGCCUGGCCUGGAAACAUCAUGCAAUACAUCAACAACUACUGGAAAACCAAGCAGCUGUCGCCAAAGCGCCUGAGCACUGGCAUCCUGAUGUACACGCUGGCGUCGUCCAUGUGCGACCAGAUCCACCUGUAUGGCUUCUGGCCCUUCGGCUGGGACCCCAACACGGGUAAGGAGCUGCCGUACCACUACUACGACAAGAAGGGCACCAAGUUCACCACCAAAUGGCAGGAAUCCCAUCAGCUGCCCGCAGAGUUCAAACUCCUCUACAAGAUGCAUAUGGAGGGACUGCUGAAGCUCUCCCUGUCCCACUGCGCUUAG